GAAUACGAUUUUCUUAACUCUCGACGCGGAUACUUACUCUCCUCUCAUAGGCUGAAUAUUGCUCACCCUUACACUGGCCUAUCACGUUUCUAAUUUGUUAGUGUACAAACCGACAAGCUGCAUACCUGGUAUAGACCCUUUCCUUGCAUAAGUCCUGGCAGCUCCAGAGCGCUGAUAACCAAUCAGAGCGAGGUAUUCGUUAAGCUCACCUCUUUUAGGUGGUGGCAGACAUAUCAGAGCUGGGAUGAAAGCGACAAUUGGAGAAUUUGGGGUUGAAAAGGAGCUACACCAUACCGACAUUAAAUAAGUUGUUCCACCUCGUCAAGAUUCGCUUAUUUCGUACAACACAAGCUUCUCUUCUACGAGAAGACGUAUCAUUUCCAGAGGACAAUAAGACGUAACAAGUUCAAUUAUCAAGCAAGACAUUCUUUCACAAUGGAUGAAUUCGCUCGCGUUCAGGCGAAGUAUAAUGAAGAGGCCCAGAAACGUCUGCGACCUGAAGGCGCCGCUCAGUUCCAGACGCUGGAACAGAGCGACUCCGACCAGCUGCGGCACCUAGCUGACGAUUUCUGGGCUGACCAUGCAGCUCUGGACGCACUCCCGUCACCCCUCAAGCCCGGCGACCGUGUCAAGUUUCUCAUAGCAGGAGCAGGAAUAGGCGGUAUCGGGGCUGCAGUCCGACUCAUCGAGGCCGGCUUCUCGGCAGACCAGAUCCGGAUCAUCGAGACGGCUGGCGGCGUCGGUGGCACAUGGUACUGGAACAGGUAUCCGGGGCUGCAUUGCGACGUCGAAUCUUACGUUUACCUGCCGCUGUUGGAGGAGACGGGCUUCGUACCCACUCAGAAAUACUCUUCCGGUCUCGAGAUCAGAAAAUAUCUGGAGGAUAUCGUGAAGAAAUGGGACCUCGAGGACAAAAUCUUGUUCAGGAGCAAACUCGACAAGAUUGAGUGGGACGAAGCCGCGCGUCUGUGGAAUUGCGACAUCACUGCCGGAAGAGGGCCAAGGGGUGACGAAAAGACAACUUUCAAGGUGCAGGCGGAAUUUGUCUGGGGAACGGCUGGUUUGCUGAGCAAGCCCCAAGUACCGAAGCUCUCAGGCGUCGGGAUCGAAGGGUUUAAGGGCGAUGUUUUCCAUACCGCGCGGUGGAACUACGACGUUACUGGUGGCACUCAAGAGGAAGUCUUCCCAGAAUUGUCGAAGCUGAAGGGCAAGCGAGUGGGCAUCAUCGGAACUGGCGCUACGGCAAUCCAAGUAGUGCCAUGCCUUGCCGACUACGCAAAGGAGUUAUACGUAUUUCAACGUACUCCUGCUGCAGUGUACGGCCGUGGUCAAAAACCCACCGACCCAGAGGAAUGGAAGAAGAUCGCCGGUGAACCCGGUUGGCACGAGGCCCGACGGCAGAACCUAGCACUCCACAUCAGCAAUUGUGCUCCCCCCGGCGUCCCGGACUUGGUCGACGACGAGUGGUCUCGACAAGUUGCCUAUGCGAGCCUGGUAGGCGACCCCGAAUUCGCGUUCGUGGCGCCGGAAAAAAUACCCGAAGUUAUCGGCCAGUUUCUAGCUCGCGACGCGCCGAACCAGGCACGGUUGCGAGCACGGAUCGCCGAGAUUGUUCAAGACAAAGAGACAGCAGAGAAGCUUACGCCGUGGUAUCCGGUCUGGUGCAAACGGCCAACCUUCAGCGACACAUACUUGCAGACUUUCAACAAGCCCCAUGUGCAUCUGAUCGACACGGACGGCAAGGGUGUCGACAGUGUAACGCCGGACGGUCUGAUCGCCAACGGCCAAGAAGUCCCCCUUGACGUUAUUGUGUUUAGCACCGGAUACCGGGGUCCAAGUACCGACGGCGCAGACCCGUCGAAGCGUUCUGGGAUCGAGGUGCACGGCCGCGACGGCAAGACGAUAGAAGAGUCCUGGGCGGACAAAGGCGCCAGUUCGCUGCACGGCUACGCGAUCCACGGGUUCCCGAACCUAUUCUGGCACUCGCCUCUGCAGGCCGGUGUCGGCGCGAACCACGCCCAUGUGCUGGACACGCAGUGCAAAGCCAUCUCGUACAUACUAGCCACGGCCCAUCAGAGAGUAGGCGGUCCGAAAAAGAGCGGAAUCACCGUGGAGGUCGAGGAGGCGGCGCAGGAGGCCUGGAGCACGAAGAUCAUGCAGGGGGCGGGUCGAUUCUCGACGGUAGCGGUCUGCACGCCGAGCUACAUCAAUAACGAAGGCAAGGCGGUUGAUCUGACAGCUAGCCCUGAGCAGCAGAUGAAGCAGGCUAGGGCAUCGCCCUAUAGCGGGGGUCUGAAUGCGUACAUCAAGGAGUUGCAAGACUGGCGCGACGAGGGUAGCAUGAAGGGUAUCCAAGUAGCUGCGUCAUGAAAAUAGCGUGAUUGAAAGAACCGCGAAAUAGAAGCUUUUUACUACUAUCUGUUAGUGUGUAGUAUUUAUCUCAGAAUCAUAGUAUGGAUUGGCAAUGCCUCCAAGUCUCCUGGUAAGAGAAAUUGUCAGCUAUAUCAACAAUGAAGUUACAUGCGUUAUGAUUUCGUAGUAAAUGCGCCCGAUAGCAAAACAAUAUGUGAGGUGGUUUUUUUUGAAAAAAAUCCUUAGUA